UAAAUUGACAGUAUGGCUGUCGAUCGAGCGUAGGGUAGAGGUGUUUUCUCUUAAAUAAAUUGUAAUAAAAUCAAUUAUUCUAAUGUGUUAUAAGUAUAUUUAUUACUUCUAGGUUUUACUAUUAAAUAUGGAAUCCUAAGGACAAUUGUAUUGUGUUAUUUGGAACAGUUUAGUAAUUGAGUGCUCAAACCUCCCGAGCCUCGAGACCGCUGGCGCGCGGCCACCAGCAGGCGCUUGUUCCGGUGGUCGGGCAGGAUGGCGCAAGUCGGGGCCAACAUGGAGUACCAGGAGUACAAAUGGGCCUACUCAAUUAUGGACUCUUCCAAGGUAUCCGCGUGUCUUAUCUCCAUGCUACUGAUCGUGUACGGCAGCUUUCGCUCGCUUAACAUGGAGCGCGAGGCGCGCGAGCGAGCGGAGCGCGAGCGGGAAGCGACUCUGCUCGGGAACGGCAAGCCGGCCUCCACGUCCUGCACCAACAACAAUGUACAAACACUGAACACUAUGCAGGCGCUGUGUUUCCCGCUGGGCUCGUCGGUGGCGCUACUAAUCAUGUUCUUCUUCUUCGACUCCAUGCAGACCCUCGUCGCGAUAUGUACUGCCAUAAUCGCGUGCGCGGCGCUUGCAUUUCUUCUUACCCCGCUAUGCCAGUAUGUGGCAGGCAGUGCGGGGGUGGGGCGCGGGGCGGUGUGCGGGCGGUACAGCGCCCCCGAACUGGCGGCCGCUCUACUGGCGGCCGGCAUUGUCUGCGUGUGGGUGCUCACCGGCCACUGGCUGCUCAUGGACGCCAUGGGCAUGGGUCUGUGCGUGACGUUCAUCGCACUCAUCCGGCUGCCGUCACUCAAGGUGUCCACUCUGCUCCUCACCGGGUUGCUGCUCUAUGACGUGUUCUGGGUGUUCUUCUCAUCGUAUAUCUUCACUACCAAUGUCAUGGUGAAGGUGGCCACCAGGCCGGCAGAGAAUCCCAUGAACGUGGUGGCGCGGCGGCUGCAGCUGGGCGGCGCCAUGCGUGACGCGCCCAAGCUGUCGCUGCCGGCCAAGCUGGUGUUCCCUUCCAUGCACCACCAGGGACACUUCUCCAUGCUGGGUCUGGGCGACAUCGUGAUGCCGGGGCUGCUGCUGUGCUUCGUGCUGCGCUACGACGCGUACAAGAAGGCCAGCCUCGUCUGCCAGGUGGGGCAGGUGCCCGGCCCUAGAUCCAUGGGCUCCCGCCUGACGUACUUCCACUGUUCCCUGCUGGGCUACUUCCUCGGGCUGCUGACCGCCACCGUCUCCGCUGAGGUGUUCAAGGCGGCCCAGCCGGCCCUGCUGUACCUCGUGCCCUUCACUCUGCUGCCGCUGCUCACCAUGGCUUAUGUCAAGGGAGAUCUUAGAAGAAUGUGGAGCGAGCCCUUCAUAACUCCUCCCGCAGGUAAAGGCGGCGCCGACUUCGAUGUGUGACUCUCACACCCUCUCACACACCCUCCGCCUCCACACGCGGCCCGCAUUGGUACACUUACACACAGUUACACGUUCGCGAUUGUCGCGUAUUGGUAACUAAGUAGGGUAGUGAAGUUACACUAACUAUAGGUAAAGAUCUGAAAAUAACUUCCGCUUCAGCUUUAGCGAUGGUCAUAAUGAUAAUUAUUAAUUUUACCUGUUUUGUACGUUUGUUUUUUAAUUGUGUCGCGUCGUAUACGAGUGGGCUUACAGCUGUAUUCGUUCCUGACUUAUUUAUGUAAUAUGUUGAUUAUAAAAACAGAUACCAUACCAAUCAAAAUGGUCAAACUUAAGAUCUGUCUGAACAUAGUAACAUCAUGUGUUGUGAAACUCAUACCUUUUACAAUUUACUAUUAUGUACACCGCCGUGUCAGGAAUGAUACGUUUAUAUUUAUUUAAUUCAUGCAUAAUUUAUACGAUAAAAAUAACUCUACUACCCUAUUGUAUCUUAGAGUUUUUAAAUGACCAGAACAUUAAUUUUGUAAACAACAAUUUAUUGUCUUAAGAAUAAUUUUAAAUCAUUGUUUAUUUUCUAAGGCUAUUUGUAAAUAUAAUCCAUAAUGUAACAAAUUUCGCUGAGGAAUUAAUAGUUUUAAGUACACAUAAAAUUCAUCCAUAAUAUUGAUUGAAUUAUACUACUGUACAAGUGCAGGCUUUUGUGAAUUGAUGUUUACUAAAUUUGGUGUUAUGUAUUGGUGGGAUUACGCUUUUAUUUUGUUCAUUACAUUGAUUAAGUUAUGUAUGCAAAGUAAGGAAAGUCGCGAAGUAAAUAUAUAUAAUUCUGAUCUAAUACACAGAUGUGGCUUGGCCCAUAUCUUGGCACAUUUCAUUUAAUACAUGAUUUAGUAAUUGUCUGCCCAGGCAGCCAAAUUAUUAGGUUUAAUUUUAUAUAUGCCUCAAAUCAAACCACUGUAUAUUAAAAAACUGGAAGUGUAUGGUGCCAAAUAAAGUACAUGAUGCGACAACCUAAUUGUUCUAAAGCUAACCAUACAAAAGGCACUCAAUUUGCUUGGUUUGUGAGGUGCUAUCUCGAUAACAUUACUGUAGUGUGUUUUCAGGGUUCUUUUAUUGGAAUAAAUUAUGAACAAAGUCGGGAGUAAAAUGUAGGUUAAGAACUUUCUAUGAGUCUCAUAUAUUGUUUUAAAGGUAAGAUCGAUAUUAUGUGCAACUUGUCACAGUUUUUCUCAAACCCUACUUAGGCCUCGAGCUGGCCCCGCCAUGACAAUUAUUUUUAAUAUCGUCAUACUUUGUUGUCACUGCCUUAGACUGAUGUUUUCAAUGAAGAUUUUUUCUAUAUGUUAAAUGGAGUAUUAUAGAUAAAAUGUUAGUCUAAAUAGAGAUAAGCUACUAACUAUUGUUGUUAUUAUUAUAACAACUGUAUUGUUGUUGUAAAUUAUUUGAUUGAAUUUAAUGAAACAUGUUAAGACACUAAGUGGUAAGAGAUAGAUAUACUUUGUAUGUGUGAUUUGAUUUUUAUAACUUUUUUAUAACAUUUUUGAUUUACUUUAUGAAUCAUUAUUUUUAUUACAUAGUUUUAUUGAUAAGUUUUAGCGUGGAGUUAUGAAUGCAAUUAACCUAUGAGCAGUAUUUAUAUUAAUAUUGAAAAAGUGAUAUAAUUUUAUUGAGGCUCGGAACUUGAAAGAAAUAUGCCUGGAUAAUUGUUGUGUAGGUCCCAUUCAAUGAAUUGUUCUUAAUUGGUGGUAAUUAGAUUUUGUCUCUGAUUUUUUUAAGAAUGUGAUGAAAGUUUCUUGUAUUUUUUAGAUAUGUAUUUAUAAAAAAUAUUCAGUCCCUUGCAGGUAUAUUCAUUGAUGUACAUAAUAACUUGAAAAUAAUACAUAAUUGCAAAAUGUAAGACAUGCUGGACUAAGGUGUUAUGCCACAUUCAAUAAUAUCCUAGGUUCAUGUGUGAUCAAAAAUUAUAUCCUUUUUUUGGACUAAGAUCAACAAGGUUUCAUAAUUAUUAUUGAUUUCAAUAUAUGUUUUGUAUAUACUAUAGUAUAAUGUGUGAAAAUGUAAAAUAUAGUAAAAUAUUAUGACAAACUUCUUAUGUGAAUGUGGCAUAACAUACAGUAUACUUGCAUCUGAUUGGUGUAACCUGAUCUGAUUACCUUAUUUCAAAAGUAUGUAAAUAUUACACAUUUCAUUACCUAUCCAUAAAUCUGAAAAAAGGCAUGUAAUAUUUUUAUAUGUAUCUGUGAGUGUUAAUUGCUAGCAAUACUGAAUAAAAAUAUUAGAUGGAAUUA